ACCAAACACCCCCUGAUAUCCAAUCCGAUGCUUUCCGAACAUCCAAACACUCCCAUAGUGCUUCCCCUCGAUUUAUCGCCUCAAAACCCUAUCAAAACCUUGCUCGUCUUACUCAACCCUUCGUUCCAUCUUCACAAAACAAUGGCAGCAACCAUAGCCCGAUCAAUCCUGACCGUCCGUUCAGCGUCAUCGUCCUACUCCUUCCUCUCCAAACGCCUUCUCUCUUCCACUUCCACCAUUGCCAAACCCCCACCCCUCCCGGGCUUCGCCCGAACCACCACCGUCACCCGUUCCACGGUCUCACUCUCUAACUUGCUCCGAUUCGCCCAUCCCUGCGCGGUUCGAUUGAACCCCGUUCGAUGCAGAGUGAACCGGUCUGGUGGGUCGACUUAUUCGCCGAUCAACUCUUCCUCCAACUUCGGUGAACGCCCACCCACCGAGUUGGCUCCGUUGUUUCCAGGUUGUGACUACGAGCACUGGCUUAUUGUCAUGGAUAAGCCUGGUGGUGAAGGUGCUACGAAGCAGCAGAUGAUCGAUUGCUACAUUCAAACCCUAGCUAAGAUAGUUGGAAGUGAAGAGGAAGCAAAGAAGAAGAUUUACAAUGUUUCUUGCGAGAGGUACUUCGGGUUUGGAUGCGAGAUUGACGAGGAAACUUCAAAUAAGCUUGAAGGUUUGCCUGGAGUUCUUUUUGUACUUCCUGAUUCUUAUGUCGAUGCUGAGAACAAGGAUUAUGGAGACGUAAGCAAGCGUUAUUUCAUUUAUGGCAGCUCUGCACCUAAUAUUCACCUUCCCUCCAAGUUAAAGAAACACUUGAAUGAUUCUGAUCAUCUUUGCUCUCAUGAUUUGCCAGCUGAGCUGUUUGUGAAUGGAGAGAUAGUUCAAAGGUCUCCUGAAAGACAAAGGAGAGUGGAGCCAGUGCCCCAGCAACAUCGAGACAGGCCAAGAUACAAUGACCGAACCCGCUAUGCCAGGCGCCGUGAGAAUAUGCGGUGA